ACGGGUGCGUGUGCUCCGUCCGCAGGCUACUGGAACGUGACGGUGUUCGGGCGGAGGCACUCGUACCGCCUCUACACCAAGCUGCUGACGGAGGCGUCCCGCUGGGCCGGCGCCAUCCAGACCGUCAUCGACUCCAAGGCGCCCAUCGACACUCCCACCCAGCAGCUCAUCCACAACAUCAAGGAGAACUGUCUGAACUCUGAGGUGGUGGAGCAGAUCUACAAGAGGAACCCCAUCCUCCGUCACAGCCACCACCCGCUCCACUCGCCCCUGCUGCCCCUCCCCUACGGGGACAUCCAUCUCAGCUCCCUGAGGACCAAGGGCCCCACCACCCUGCAGGACGAGGCGCUGAAGGUGUUCGCCUCGCUGCAGCACCUGGAGGGCGUGGCGGACCCCCUGCCCGUCAUCCAGGGGGUCCUGCGGACGGGCCAGGAGCUGCGGCCCCUGAGGGACGAGCUGUACUGCCAGCUGGUGAAGCAGACGGCGCGGCCCCCCCACCCCGGGGGCCCCGGGAACCUGUGCAGCUGGAGGAUCCUGGCCUGCAUGGCCUGCACCUUCCUGCCCAGCCGCGGCGUGCUCCGCUACCUCAAGUUCCACCUCAAGAGGACGAAAGAGCUGUCCCCCAACUCGGAGAUGGAGCGCUACGCCUCGUUCGCCCUGGACUCCCUGAAGAAGACCCGCACCCGGGAGCACGUCCCGGCGCAGGAGGAGAUCCGGGCCAUCGUGGCCUGCCAGGAGAUGACCACCAUGGUGCACUGCCACGGCGGGGGGUCCUGCAAGAUCACCAUCAACUCCCACACCACCGCCGGCGAGGUGGUGAAGAAGCUGACCUGGGGCCUGGCGAUGGAGGGCAGCAGGAACAUGUUCGCUCUGUUCGAGCACAACGACAGCGUGGACAAGGCCAUCGAGGGCCGCGCCGUGGUGGCCGACGUGCUCGCCAAGUUUGAGAAGCUGUCAGCUGGCCAGGACCCCCAGGCCACCGGCUGGAGGUUCUACUUCAAGCUGUACUGCUUCCUGGACACCGACGGCGUUCCCAGGGACAGCGUGGAGUUCGCCUUCAUGUUCGAGCAGGCCCAUGAGGCUGUGAUCCGCGGCCGCUACCCGGCCCCUGAGGAGACGCUCCAGUUCCUGGCGGCCCUGCGGCUGCAGUACCUCCUGGGGGACCACGGCUCCCCGGCCCCCCUCCCAGACAUGGCCCAGGUGUUCCCCGUGGCGCGGCUCCGCGCCCGCGUGCAGAACUCGGCCAAGACCUUCGCCCCGGGCGCCGGCUCGGUGUCGGAUCGCUCCUCCGGGACUGGCGAGAGGAAGCGCUCCAGCUUCCUGGAGGGAACGCUGAGGAGGAGCUUCCGGAGCGGCUCGCUGAGCCGGCAGAAGCUGCUGGAGGAGGAGAACUCGCUGGAGGCGUGGCUGCGCGAGGAGACGGCGGCGGUGCACGCCAGCGUGCUGGACAAGUGGCGGCGGCUGGUGGGGAUGAACCAGGAGCAGGCCAUGGGGAAGUACAUGGCGCUGGUGAAGGAGUGGGCGGGCUACGGCUCCACGCUCUUCAACGUCGAGAGCACUGACGAGGCGUUCCCCAGCGAGCUGUGGCUGGGCGUCAGCCGGCAGGCCGUGUCGCUCUACAAGCGCGGGGAGCCCUGGCCCCUGGAGGUGUUCCCCUACGAGCAGAUCCUCUCCUUCGGGGCCCCGCUGCCCAACGCCUACAAGAUCGCCGUGGAGGGCCGUGAGCUGCUCUUCGAGACCCCUCUGGUGAUGGACAUCGCUAAACUGAUGAAGGCCUACAUCAGCAUGAUGGUGAUGAAACGCCACAGCAACCCCCAGUCGCUCAGCAGCCACGGCAGCCAGAGCAGCGCCUGGUGACCCCCUGGUGACCCCCAGGACCUCUGAACUUUGACCUCUGACCCGGGCGCUGUGUGGGUACAGCGCCCGGCGUCUGACGGGCCAGGACCCGAAGAGGGGGAGGAGCCUGGCGUCAUGGAGGCAAAAAACCACCACAUCCCCAGCACGAACCAAACUCAUGUACAUAGGUCGUUGUUAACCACAGUUGGGGUCAGGGUUAGGCUCUGACCCUGAGGUUAGACUCUGACCCUGAGGUUAGACUCUGAUCCUGAGGUUAGACUCUGACCCUAGACUCUGACACUAAGGUUAGACUAUCUAACCCUGACCCGGAUUUACAGAAAUUCGUUAUUUUCAAAGAAUCACAGUUGUCGUUAAGGGUUGGGGUUACGGUUAGCCUGAACUUCACCCUUAUCCUCACCUUGAAGGAAAAUAUUGUGUCAGGAAAGGAGCGAACUUGACUUGGUAUUGUUGGUGGAGUGGGGACUUUGAUUCUGUGGGAAAGUCUUUUUGUUUCAAGUUAAACUGCUCAUUUUGUUUUCUAUAUGCUAGGUGCUGUCACACUUCACGGGCUGUUACUAUACUGUGUGUGUGUGUGUGUGUGUGUGUGUGUGUGUGUGUGUGUGUGUGUGUGUGUGUGUGUGUGUGUGUGUGUGUGUGUGUGUGUGUGUGUGUGUGUGUCUGAGUUUCUUUUUGUGUGUGGGUGGGUCUUUUGGCUGUCAGAAUGUAAAAAAACAAGCAGAGAAUUUGUAAAAAGAAAAAAAGAAAGUACUUACAAAGCAGGAUUUGAGUGUGGGCCUUGUGUCGAGCUAUAUCCAGGUCUGUUUGUAAAUGUACAUCCUUAUGCAGCCGCCUUGAACAUUUCAAACCAUGCUGGGAUCUCACAGGACCCUGCUGUGCCGGCCUUGAGGACUCUCAAUCAGGACCGAGCUCGCUGUCAAUCCAGGAGCAGAACUACAUUUCCCAGGAGCACCGCGGGCGGUCGGUCCAUCCAAAGCUCUUUGCCGUCUGUGCCUUAUUGUAUAUUGUGUACACUUUAAGUAACGCCAUCUUCUGUCGAGUUGUAAUGUGCAAUGUCUGGUUUGUGAUUGAUGGUGUAUCCACUAGCUGUACAUUUUAUACUGCUGCCCUUUGCCUUCAGUUUGAUUUUGGACCACGAGGUGAUAUUUUAUAGAUAAUCAUGUUGUAUUUUUCCUUACGAUUACAGUGAAUCGAUCAUCAACAGAAAUACUGGAUUCUUGAUGCUUUUGUAUCUGUAUUGGCUCUGUUGUGUAUGUAGGCCUACAAUAUGGCUCUGACAAUAAACCAUAAAUAUUUA